AGGGGAUGGAACAGUGUUCAGGGACCACAACUCGUGGAUACACAUUGCAGACAACGAGGACGGCGCAUUUUGAUUUUCAAACAAAGCAAAAAUGGGCAGAGCUUUCAAAACAAACUGCAAAGUCACACCAGCUGCAAUUCUGUUUUUACUUUCUGCAAUGAUCAUUGGCUUGGAAGCCGAUUCAGAUGCAGGAACAUUUUUCCUAAAAGCAACGAAAAAUGUGCCGAGAAUUGGUCGACGCAGUGGUGGAGGAGAUACGCCGUUUUUCCUCAAAGCAACCAAGAAUGUGCCUCGCAUUGGGCGACGAGGGGAAGGACCGAACUCAUGGGGAAUUUCCGAGGCAAAAGACGGCUCAACGCAGUGGUCAUCUGGCCGUCAGGACGUGAUUCCAAACAGGGUCGCUCGGACAGGACCCACCAGCUUGACCACCCUCUGGAACUCCCCUGUGCGAAGCCAAGUGCCGAACUCCCGCACUCAAAGCGCCCUCGGCAGUGAAGCUGUUCGCGGCCCGGACUCGUCUGAGGAAAAUACACUGAUGGGUCCCCGUUACGAGCUGUUUGACAGUAGCUCGCAGGACCUUUCCUCUCAAGAGAUCGAGUUCUCCGCUGCUCAGAUGGUGGCACCGCCGCCCUUCCAGACAUACCAGCGUUUGCCGCAGGAGGGUGGAUAUUCGCCGUUCCGACCCCGCAGAGAGGAUCAAAAUAAGGAGUAUGAAAAGUGACGUCAUUCACUGUGAGAAUUUUCAUUCAUUUAGCGCGUAUUGGUGCCUUAUUAAAAGUGGUUUCCCUUGCAUAAUUUUUCUCUGUGGUGAAUCUAGUCGUCGAACUGCUUUUGCUUUAUUUAGCCGUAAAGAUAUUAUUAAUUUUCUAAUAAUGCUUUGCCAACCCUAUCCAAUGAUGGCCUGAAGGAGUGUUUUAAUUCAUAAAAAUAAUGUAUUUUAUGAAACGCUUUUUCAGAGAGAAAGUGUUCUUAUGCGAAUUUUAAACAAAUAUUUUGUUUGUUAUUAUUGUGGACUAUUUACAAAAAAAAAAAAGAA